AUGAUUAAUCGACGAAUAUUCACGACGGCUUCACGUCGACGCAAAAGAAUUGCGCCGUUUAGAUUAUUUCAAUUUAUUCUGUUUUUAUCAAUUGGCGUGUUCGUCGAUGCUCAAUUGGUGCUGGGAAAACCGCCGGUGUUCACGUCGGCGGCAUCGGCGGGAAUUAGAUCAGUUAAUGAAGGAGAAACGAUAAUUGUCAAAUGUGACGAGUCGCCGCUCGCCGAAUCAUUUGAAUGGCGCGUUGAUGAUGCGAACGGCGUCCUCGUGAGCGCAUCUCGGAGCAUUGAACUGACAGCGGCUCGCGGAAACGACGCGAAACAAUAUCGGUGCGUAGCGAGGAACUCGGUGGCGACGGCAAUUUCGUCGCCGACGAUUAUUCGAUCGAAAUACCUCGACGAUUUUGAUGGUUCCGAUGAAUCGAUUCAAUAUGAGAUCAGCACCGGUAUUGGACGGCAUUUUGUGUUGCGUCGGCCCAAGCUGAUCGCCUCCGAAGGGUUGGACGUGAAUUAUUCAUGGUUCAAGGAUGACUCGCAACAGGUGACCUCGAACGGCACACAUUUUGUGACUAGUGAAGGGGACCUUGUCGUCACAGAUGUCCGAAAAUCGGAUUUCGGAGAAUAUAAAUUGAUUGCGAACAGCGAUGAUUUGUCCGAGAUUGUUUCCAAAGCGUACAUUGUCACCGAUAAUGGAAUGAGCCCGCCUCUUCAAAAUUCGUUGUCCAUCAUUUAUUGGCCAUCUGAUCGCACUAUUGUUGAGUCGAAGAUGCCGAAAGAUGUUCAUUUCGAUUGCUCAACGUCGUUUGGUAGCGGUGAUGACGUCAGAAUCAAUUGGUUUUUGGAUGAAGUGCCUAUCAGUGGAUCUGAAAUUGGUGUCAAAAUGACACUGAACAAUCGAAGAUUGACGAUAUCCAAUCCUAGCGGAUUCAGUAAAGGAGAGCAUAAGCUCGAGUGUAAAGCAGAUGCCUCAAUGGGAAGAACGUUUGACAAGAAGGCUACAUAUUUCACAUUUAUCGAGCAUCCAGUUCUUAAAGAUCUUCCAUCAGAAGUGCGUCGUCCGAUUCGUGGUUCGGUGAGCCUGAAAUGCGGAUUGAAGCGCAAUAAGGGCCAGAAUAAUGCAUCGAUCAAGUGGUUCAAGAAUGGUGUACCGUUUGCCACCAAUCGCGGACGCCUCGUUAUCAACAGCAUUGAGCAGGAGGACUAUGGAUUAUAUCAAUGCGAGGGUAUUAAUGAAGCUGGAGCAGAUAUCAAGUCGGUCUGGCUUGCCGAAGGAAAUGAUGACGCAUCCAUAGCUUUCUCCGAGGAUCCAAUUAAAUCUGGAGAAGAUGAACUUCCAAUUCCACAACGACCUCGAAGCUCGGAAGAAUUCCCAGCGAUGCUUAUAAAAUCACCAAAAGAUGCUACGGUUGCCUCGGGAACUGCCAGAGUAACUUUGGAAUGUGUUGCGAGUGGAAAUCCGCAGCCAAGACUAAUGUGGUACUUUAAUGGACACGAAAUACACACUGGAAACUCGAAAUAUGACGUUACCUCCGAUGGGUUGAUUAUAAAUGAUGUCCGAAAGUCGGAUGAAGGAGAAUAUACAUGUGAGAUUGCUGGAAUGAACUCGGCGGAGAGCAAAUCGACUGCCGUUCUUAAUGUCACCGGCGAUAAUCUCAUUGAGUAUGGACCAACGGACCAGAAAAGUUUAAUAGGUACGAAUGUGGAAUUUUCGUGCGAAGUUGCCAAGGAGUACGCACGAAGAGCAGUUGUCGAUUGGUUUCUAAACGAUGAGCUGUUGUCGAAAAAUGGAAACAGUGGAUUGAGAAUCUCGAGGAAUCGGAAAGGCAGCUUAAUUAUUCGGCAUGUCGGGCCUGAUAAUACUGGCGAAUAUCGAUGUGUGGUACGCGUUGAUGGAAGAGAAGAAAGCGCAAGUGCGAUGCUCCAAAUAAUUGAGAAGCCCGCAAUGCCGGAACGAGUCCGUGCUGAACUCCACAACGAGACGAUGCCAGCAAAAGUGCGCGUCCUAUGGAGUGAAGGAUUCGACGGGAACGAGCCAAUUAUAAAACACGCAAUUGAAAUGAGAACCCUUGGACCAACCGGACUCUGGAGUGACUGGCAAUCUGUUAUUGAUAAUAUUCCAAAGGAGGAGGGAAAACCGUGCUGUUUUGCCGAUAUUGAAGAUAUUCGACCAUCUUCAACCGCUGAGUUUCGUGUUAUUGCUUCGAAUAAGCACGGUCCUGGAAAAGCGUCGCUGUCGUCGAACUCUGUCACAAUGCCCCAACAGCCUCCGUCUGCGGCUCCUCGCAACGUUGCGGCAUCGGCGAGAUCUUCUCAUAGUGUUAUUGUGCAGUGGCAGCAACCAAAAGAAGAACAGGCGACUGGAGAUGUUUUGGGAUAUGUGGUUCGCUACAGACUUGCUGGUUACAGCUCUUUGCCGUGGAAUGAACGAAAUCUCACCACAAAAGAUGCAAGGAAUGCGGUUAUCGACAAUUUGAUCACCUGGAGGGAGUACGAAGUUCAAGUUGCGGCAUACAACAAGCGAGGUCUUGGAGUGUUCAGCGAAAGCAUUGAAGUGACAACAUCCGAAGGCGUUCCAACGCAAGCUCCGAAGAACGUGAAAGUCAAAAUUCUCAACUCAACAGCAGUAUCAGUUGACUUCACCGCUCCUGAUCAGCAGAGAAUCCCGGGAGUCAAUCUAGGAUACAAAGUUCAAUUUUGGGACGGUGAGCCCGAAAAGGGAAAACUCUAUAAGGAAGUGCUGCUUGAUCCCGAUCGUCGGCAAUUGAGUACAGUCGUCACCGAUUUGGAGAAGUUUGGACACUACAAUCUAACCGUGUUGUGUUUUACGACACCUGGAGACGGUCCCAAGUCGAAUCCUGUCGCUGUUAUUACUGAUGAAGAUACGCCUGAUGGAGUUGAUUCGUUGAGUAUAGCAGAGGUGAUGUACAAUGGGGCAGUGAUAACAUGGAAUCCGCCGCUUCAUGAGAACGGAGUUAUCACAAAGUAUACGAUCCGACAUUGGGCAGCGUCAUCACCUGACGUCAAGACGAAACAUGAAGUAGAUGGCAAGACCUUGAACUUUACCAUUGAAGGCCUUCAACCGUCUACGCGAUAUGGCGUUGAUGUAAUGGCUUCUACGAAGAAGGGAGACGGACCUGUUGAAGAGACGAAAUUUGAAAGCGGAGUUCCUCCAGAGCUUCCCGGAAGACCUUCUUCGCUUUCGAUUGGAGAUAUCACUGCAACAACGGUUCAACUUCAUUUCACUCCUGGAUUCGAUGGUCACACCGCUAUUCGACAGUGGAUUGUGGAGGCGAGAAUAGUGGAUUCGAGCGUUUUCACCCAUAUAUUCAAUAUUAGUGCUCCAAAAGCGCGAUCGAUUACGGUAACUGGGUUGAGACCUUACACCGAAUACCAGCUUCGCCUAAUCGCUGAGAACGUGAAAGGGCGUGGAGCUCCGUCAGAACCAAGCCGCUCAUUCGAGACACUUCAAACCAAUCCGGCAACUCCAAGUCAACGAUUGUUCGCUGAGCCAGUGUCAGCGACAUCCAUUGGAGUAUCGUGGACGCCGCUUCUUGCCACACAAUGGAACGGACAGCCGAAGGGAUACUUGAUUGUUUAUCGCGAGAAUGGUGAAGAGGAUUGGAAGGAGAUUCGAACACCAGCUCUUAGAGCCAGUGAAUAUACAAUUACGGAACUGAGGCCUUACACUGACUAUGAAGUUAAUGUGUUUUCGGAGAAUGCAUUCGGAAGGAGCGUACCCACCGAUGCAGUAACGGCCAGAACGUAUGAAAGCGUUCCAUCCGGUGCUCCAAGAAGUUUGAAAGCUACCGUCGAUGGGCCGAAAGCGGUUAUCGUCAAAUGGGAACCGGUUGCUGAGCUUUCAACUAACGGAGAAGUCAUUGGAUAUAAGAUACGAGUGGUUCCCGACAUUGAUAUGCCUGAUGAAAUCAAGGAAGUCGAUGUUCCCGGGCAAGCUACCCUCAUGACAAAAGUGACCAAUCUCAGACCAUUCACCAAAUAUCAUGUGUACGCUUCGGCUUAUACGAUUGUUGGUUAUGGUCCAGAGAAUUCGAUGCCAGUGGCGUUUGAAACGCUUGAAGACGUGCCAACCCCUCCCGGCUCAUUCCAAUGUUCCUAUGUUAGUGAGAGUGAAGUCAGAUUGAAAUGGGUUCCACCAGCAUCUCCAAAUGGAAAAAUUCUGAACUACAUUGUCUCAUAUUGGAAAUCGCAUGAGCCUCGAACCAUGGCGAUCGACGCUCCGCUUCUUGGAAAUUUGCUAAUGUUCUCGGCGACGAGUCUAAAUCCCAACACCCAGUACACCUUUGCGAUUAAAACGGUGAACAGUAAAGGCGAAAGUGAAGAGGCUCUUGCCGAGGUGAUGACGUCGUCUGUCAGAGUUCCAAUUCGAAAUCCGCCAGUACCCGCGAGAGAUCAACAAUCGCAGUAUGGGGCCACAGAAAUUGUCAUUCGUUGGGACGCCACCAGCGAUGCGAUGGCAAUGAAACAGAUGAUGGCGCAGGAUGCGGAAAGUCCAAUUCGAUCAGUUCAAGUGUCGUAUCAGAAAGCCAAUGACGAUGAAUGGACAAUGGUUGACAAUAAGUUUGAGUACUCGAAGCAUCGUGGUGUGAUUAAAAGACUGUCGCCGAAUUCGAAGUACCGCUUCCGAAUUCGAUAUAUUGGUGAUUUUUUGGAAUCGUCGUGGUCAUCGGAAUCCGAAUGGAUGCAAACUAUGCCUGCACCGCCGAUUGCUCAACCGAUUGCUGUAAAAGCGACACCAUAUGAGACUUCGAGUUUGCUCUUGGAAUGGACUGUUCCUCAUCGAUCGACAUGGAAUAGCGAUUCUGUUGGAUACCACAUUCAUUAUCGUGAAUAUCCGUCCAAUGACAGCUGGUCGACGAAUGAAAUUGAGCUUCGCGAUGAUCACGCUGAGAAGGAGAAGAUAAUAUUGGAGAAGCUUGAAAGCUUCCGGCAUUAUAUUGUUAGGAUGAGAAUGUUCAAUUCGGAGGGAGAAGGCCCAUUCUCAACGCCGGUAUUUGUUUAUGUUGGGUAUUCAAUACCAAAAAAAAAUGUUACAAAUGUUCGCAGCGAACCUUUAUCAUCAUCGUCUAUUAGAGUGAAAUGGGAUGCUUGGCCGAAAGACGAAUCCGAAGUUAUAACAUCUUUCAAGGUUCGCUACAUUCCCGUUCUUUCGGUGCUUUCGCCGGUUGUAGUUGAAGAAGAAGUGAUGAUUGUGGAUACUAACGAAUGUGUUUUAAACGAUUUACGCAAAUUCACGGAAUAUCAGAUAUCAAUUUCACCUUAUAAUCGAGCCGGUGAGGGAAAAAUGACGCAGAUUCGAGAAAAGACUUUAGAAGACGUUCCGGGACCGGUUGGAGCGAUUCGCUUUACCGAUAUACUCUUGGACUCGGUUAAAGUCUCUUGGGAUCCGCCUAGUCAGCCUAACGGCAUCGUAACUGGUUACAUUGUCAACUACAAGGGUUUCCGGAUGCAAGAGGAGUUCAAGAAUGAAGAUCAGAUGAGAACGACGAAAAAUGUCUUCGAAGCUACCAAUUUGGCGGAAGGUGUUACCUACUUCUUUAGUGUAUGGGCUGAAACAUCCGCAGGGAAAGGAGAAUCCAGAUCAUCGAAUGUUACGAUUGGACCAAGUCGUGACGGACCUCCGGCUCCUUCGAAGCCGAUAGUUGUUCCUGGACAAUCAUCGGUUACAAUUCAAUGGAAAGAUUUACCGGCGUCAGAUAUUGUCGGGCAUCUCAUCCAGGCGAAAAGAGUGUCAGUGGCUGAAGAAACACCAAAUGGAUACGUCUCGCAGCGCCCAAGGAUUCAGAAGAGAGCGCAAGCGGCUCCGGCGAACGCGAAUCGCCCGAUACACCCAAUUGGUGAAUGGGUCACCUUGCAGCCAGUGGAUGGAACAACGGAAAAAGAGCAAGUUUCAUAUCGUGAUCUUCAACCGUCGAGCUUUUACGUGUUUCGAGUGUUUGCUAGAAACGCGAGAGGUGUUGGCAUGGGAAGCGCUGAAUCGGAGCAAUUAUUCGUUCCUGAAUCGAUUCCGGAUGAUCCAUUCUACACAGCUUGGUGGUUCAUGGCUCUCCUUGUAAUGGCUGCAUUCGUCCUCAUUGUGGUAUUUAUUGCAAUUCUUUGCGUCACCGGUUCUACAGCGAAAUACCGGCGAGAGAAGCGGGCCCGAUCAAUCGAUAGUUUGCAACUUGCCGAUGGGAACUUCGCGUCGUUCCAGUUGAAGGGCACCGGUGCCGCUGGUAAUAUCACAAGGUCGCGCGGUGAGCUACCGACAAGACCGGGAACCACUCAAUCGUGGCUAUCGGAUCAGUCGCGCGAGCCGCCGGCAUAUGGAAGCGUCCUUGGCGAUGGGCCCAACUCGCAGCGGACCAACAACAGUGCGGGAUUGAUGAACAUGUACGGGUUGGCGACGGACGUGAUGCCGCCGCUACCGAAUGCGGAAGCGAUGCAACGGCUGUCAGCGUUGGUCGGCCGAGACGUGCGUGGUGGCGGAAGUGUUUACGUGACAUCGUCGGCGAGAGGAUCGGAUAACGGGCGAAAUGAAUAUAUGGCGACGAGAAGCGAUUAUGGCAACCGAUCGGAGUACGGCCGAAUUGAAUAUAACGGUCGGGUGCCAUCAACAGUGACAAGUGGAUCUCAUCAGCAACAGCAGAGGCUCAGCGACGAGCCCUAUGAUUCUUUCGAUGAAGAAGAUGGAGUAGAAAGUGUCGAUGGUUCAACAAUCCGUGGAGAUUCUAGGAGACCAUCCGCUGGUCAAGAUCCAUCAGAUGAUAUUGCCAAGCAUUAUGGAUCAACAGAUCAGUAUCGAGACACUUGGAGGAAGGUGCGAGAUACGGAAGCUGUACGAGGUCCAAUACUAUCGCACUUACCAGGCAGCGCUGCUGGAAGAUCGUCGACGACCGAAAGCACGAGCGAAGGUGGAAGCAAUUGGCCGCACACGCCGAAUCCGUUGAACACGGGAUUUUCGAGUUUUGUAUAG